AUGGACAUUGAAGACACUAACUUUGAUGCGGAACCAGCAUUGAAAAGUAUAUUAGAAUCGCCUAACUCGCUUGACGAGAUAGAUCAAUUGAUCCAGGCCACCAGAGCUAUCAAGUUUGUUCUCGAAGAUGAGAUAACUCAAAGCAUUGUAAAAGGUGAAUCGACUAAACCUACGUCUAUUACCUCUGAUGUGGUGGCCGAAUUUCAUCAGCUGCUGGCAGAAGUUGGUGAUAUCACAGCGCUCUCGAGGGAGACCGAGAGCGCAAUCUCGCAGCUCACAAAGGACAUUUCCCAUCUGGACAACGCCAAACGCAACCUAUCGCAAUCAAUGGCAUUCUUCCAAAACCUAGAGCAGCUCACAGAGUCGUAUUUUCAGUGCCGAACAUUUCUGGAGUCUAAUAACUUCAAAGACAUGAGACCUUCCUAUAAUGUCAUGAGCGGUCUUGUGGCAUACUUGCAACAGUACAAAUCGGUACAAGAAGUUGGCGACAUAGUGGCCAAAGUUUCCCGGCUGCAAUCAGAGAUCCUGAGUGAGGUGAAGAAGACAUAUCAGGACCUUUUGAGUUCUCGUUCAAUUGCAAACAAGGGCAUUGAUGAGUCUAUGCUGAGGGAUGGAGCCUGCGCUUUAUUGGAAACCAACUCUGGUGCCAAAACCGAACUGAUAGAUUUGGUGGUCAAUAAGCUUUUAUAUGAGGUAUCAGAGAUAUUUCAAGUGGACGAUGAAGCAGGUUCCCUGGAAAAUUUAUCCAGACGCUAUGUUUAUUUCAAAAAAGUACUGAACGGUUUCAGCUCAGAGUUCGCACAGAGCUUUCCCAAGGAUUGGGAACUGCCGACCAAGCUAACUGCUAAAUUUUACAGCAUUACCAGGAAAGAUCUAGGUAUCUUACUACAAAGAGAACUCAAGGAAAACCCUUCGAUUGAUACCUUCAUGGCCGCCUUGCAAACGACGCUGGAGUUUGAGAAGUACAUUGACGUGAAGUUUGCCAAUCGCUUGAAUGCGGAACCCAGACUGGAACGCAUUUCUAAGUCUUUUGAGCCUUAUCUAGUGCUGUGGAUCCAGCAUCAGGACUCACUCAUGAAUUCAAAAAUCCUCAGCUACAUGGCCGAAAACAAAAUCUCUCAAUCGUCCGACUCACUAGUUCUUCCAUCCAGUGCUGACCUUUUCAGAAGAUACAGGUCUCUUCUUUCUCAGACGCUUGAUCUAAUUCAAAGUGGCGAUGGUAGAGAUCAAAUGUUGCGCGAACUGGCUACUUUUUACAACAACUGGCUCUCAACUUAUUUAGAAAAGAUACUGAGGCCUUUGUUGAUUGCACCGAAUGUGAAGAUUGAGAAUAAAGAAGAAGCGAUGACAUACACUCUGUUGCUUCUUAACACCGCCGAUUAUUGCACUACAACGAUCAGACAGCUGGAAGAUAAACUGGUUGAAUAUCUAUCAGACGAUAAAAGCCUAAAUCAGCCAUUUGAAAAAGUUCAGGCGCAAUAUGGAAGCAUCAUUUCAAGCGCAAUGGACGUGCUACUCAACUCUUUAAUCGCACCAGAUGUAGCAUUUGCCUGGCGAGAAUUUGAUAACACAGACUGGAAGAAUGUGCAGGUCGAAGAUUACAGUAGAUACACUUUCACACUGAAGGAGCUGUUCAGAAAUGAUCAAUCUAUUAUGCGAAAAAUUAUACCCCGUUUCAACAGGGAACUAUACAGCUGGAGUUUUAUGGGGAAGGUCAUCGAAUUAAUUUGUGAUGGCUUCAUGAGUUGUAUCGUGCGGCUUCUAAAGCCGAGGCCGCCUUUUGCGAAUCUUAACAAUCCCCGCAAUUUACAACUUCCACAGGUUGUUAAUGUCGGGGAGCAAUUACAGCUGGACACCGAAUGUCUGAGACAAGCUCUGGUAUCAUGGGCGGAUGACUUGGCAGAUUUAGUUAACGGAAACGCAGCAUCCUCGAAGAGAAUCAAGAAACACAUAGAGAAAAGCUUUGAACAACUUGUGACAUUCCUCAAGUUGUUGACCGUGCCAUUGGAUGAUCCAGGGAUAUAUCAGGACAACUACGCUGCGAUAACGGGCAAUAAUAAAAGUGUCAUUUCGUGGUGUUUUGUCUUGGCACUUAAAGGCCUCCCGUGGGAGCUAGCAAGGUGGAAAGCACUGUAUUCGGCAUUUCAGCUUGCUGAGGACGGAUCAGCGGAACCUUCCAUGCUGCCAGUACUUGUCAGAUGCGGAUCCACUGUCCUCCAAUUUCAGUCUGAUUUGACCAGCGUUAAUGACCCUACAUGGCAAAAAUUCAUUAAAGGCGAUUUGGGUCUUAAACUUGUUAUGAGUAAACCUCGUUCUUCAGGUUCAGACGAAAGAUCGUUAUCACCAACGCCUCGACUGGUAUCAAGCAAGCUGAACGGCAAUAUAAAAAAUCUCAUGUCUGGUACCGGGUUUUUCCACAGGGGCUAG